GGAUGGUAUGUUCCCCGUGUGGUGUGCCCCUGUGCCCUGGGACGGGGGGUUGUCCUCCCUCUUCACACCCACCUUGCGGCUGACACACACACAUACACAUGCACAUGAAUUGAUGGAUGGAUGGAUGGAUGCCGACAGGUUCGUGUAGAAUGCGCAGCCACCUGGGAGACAGCGUGGUUUGGUUGAGGUUGAAGGGGUCUGCCGGUGCUGCUUGUGCUGGUGCCUGCUGGUGCCGUUUUGAGUCGAAAAGAGCGUGGCAGAGGGUCGCGAGAGAUACGACGACCCAACGAUCAAAGGCUGCGUGUUGGACGCGGACUGCCCAUCCGAUGUACCUAGACAAAGAUUAGACACCGGAGACUGCUGCACCCUGCUCUCGUUCGUGGCCUCCUCGCCAUUCUCCUCACCCGCAGUCGUCUGCCUGUUCCAGGGAUUCGUAGGCGGCCCGCCAUUGCUGCUGCCGUUGGUGGUGGCGAGCCCGUUGGAACGCUUCUUUGGCACACCAGGGCGGUAGCGAACAGCCGUGUGUGUGCCGCCAGGGGGGAUUCUCACCCUCGAGCCCUCAGGAAGCCUCCCCGCCGCACUAUUGCCCGCCCGUCGCCCGUCUCCGCUGCCGCCCACCUCGACCGGGGUCACGUGUUUGGGGACCGCGCCCGUGCGAUGGUUCUGAUGGGUGGUGAGGCGGGUGCUGCUGGGCUGGGUCGAGUGGGAUGGGGGGACGGACCCCCGCAACAUCCUCGACGCCACCGCUGUCUCGCUCAGCCCCCUGCCAGUGGGUCGGUCCUUGUUCUUGCUCUUCGUCAGCUGCCCCUGCCCAGCCUGGCAACCGUUGCGACCGGCACGAUUCUCUUUGCUGGCCUUGAUGUGGUUGAGCAGUGAGGGGCGCUCUGUGGUCGUGCUGUCUGUCGGGGGGAUGGUGUUUCGCGAGUAGUGGUCGGAUAUGAUGGGGGCCUGCCGCUGGUUGUUGGUGUGAGAGUGGGGGUGGGCCCUAGCGUUGGACGCCAGGCAUCCGCUGUUGCCCAGGUUCUGCCUGUCGAGUGAGAGGCUGGGGCGGUGGGCCGGGAAGGAAGAAGAAGACACAGUGAGAGUAGCUGCCGGCUGCUUGGGCUUGGGCGGCACCACAGGGGCGCUGUUGCCGUUGACACCGGCUAUCGUCUGGAAAAACGAAAGAGAGAGAGAGAGUAGGAGAAGAAACAUACAGUGGGCAGUUGUGUCUGUCUGCAAUGCGUGUUGCGCACCUGUCGGCCUCGUGUUAAGGUCUCCUGAUCUGCAGCAUUCACACCCGUCCCUUCAUCGCCCUCCUGCGUUCCACCAACCACACCACCGCCAGCUGCUGCGGCUGGGGCGCCCACGCUCAGGUCCGUGUGAGCCAGCGAUGCCACGUGCAGCGGAAGGCCUGGCGAAGCAUCGGGAGCCGUGUCUCGCGCGGCCUCGCCUACAGCAGUCUCAUUGCGAUCGCCGUCCCGACCAGCACCACGACCCUCACCGCCAUUCGGCACCACCUGUGUCACUUGGCCCUCUCGCUCCCUCGCCUCGCCGAUGAACCCCUCCUCUCCCACGUUAUGGCGCCCCGCCGGCUGACCCGGGUUAACCGCUCGACCGCCACCUGGGUGGAAGUUGCGCUUGUCAUGCAUCAUCAGCCCGGCCGGGCCUCGGUUAAGUACAUUGAGAUCACCGAAAGCCACCGGCUGUUUCUUGAUGUGGUUGAGCAGUGAAGGGCGCUCUGUGGUCGCGCUGUCUGUCGUGGGGAUGGUGUUUCGCGAGUGGUGGUCGGAUAUGAUGGGGGCCUGCCGCUGGUUGUUGGUGUGAGAGUGGGGGUGGGCCCUGGCG